UGGAGACAACAGUGUAUUACCAUAUGCCACAUAAGAUAUAUUACUGUACGUGUGACUAUCUGUAUUUAAGUGACUCUCUCUGAGAUCUUUUUUCGAUCAGUUUAAAGGUUUUAUCAACACUUCCGCGAUCUUUUCUUACGUGGCCAGAACUUAAAAGGACAGGCGAAAAAACCUCACAAUGGCAAACCGAUUCAAGAGUCUGGCCGAUCGGCAGUUAUUCUGGAAGACACUUUUUGAAGAGAAGAAAAUAGCGAAACAAUUGCCCGUGCUAGCGACGGAUCACGUAGAUGGCGUCACUUACGACGACCUGCCACAAUACGGUCAAGUGCAUAUUGUUGCCCAAUCCGCUUCCAGUCUGGGUGACAAUUUCAUGAGCGACACUUUUAUUGUGACGGCUCAAUUGACAAAACGUGAUGCCUUUGGGAACGAGACUAAAAAUACCUUGAGUACCUUCAUUAAGGUGCUACCUUCAAAUGCGAUGCUGCGCAUCACUGCCUACGAGGCACGAACUCACCACCGCGAGAUGGACGUCUACCAAAACUUCUUUGGACUUUUGCGAGAAAUGCACACAGGGCAAUCGAUUCCGCUGGAUGUCCCAGAUGUCUACUACUCCCAUAUGGAGGAAAUGGUUCAAGGCGGAGCGGAUGGAUCGGGAACUUGUACUCUCCUGGAGGAUCUCAAGGCUGAGGGUUAUCGUAUGACGGAUAAAGUGGAAGGCGCUGAUUAUCGACACUGUCAAAUUGCACUGACGUCACUGGCCCAUUACCAUGCAUUGACGAUUAGUGCGGUGAGAAAGUGGAAGGAUCCAGUAACUGGCGAACUUUCCAAAAUUCCACAAGGAGCCAAGUUUAUCGUGGAAGGGACAACAAUGUACGACAUUGGUACUCUUCAAAUGAUGCAGGACAGUUCCAAAAACGUGAUCCAAUUCGCCAUAGAUGUCGAAAGACCCGAUUUAGUUGAAUGGAUAACUGGUUUGGUGGAACGUCUACCGGAGAUUGUCCAAACUGACACUGUGGAGAGCUGCGGUCCAUUGGCCUGCAUCUUACAUGGCGAUUACUGGAACAAUAACAUGUUGUUCAAAUACGACGAUGAUGGGAAGAAACCAAUUGCCUUAAAAAUGAUCGACUUUCAAAUAGUAAGGAUCGGCCAUCCACUCAGCGACGUCCUGUAUUUCCUUUACACGAGCACCAGGCCGGAAAUAAGGGCCAGGUACAUGAAAUUUUUGUUACGUCACUACUAUGACACGUUGACUGCUGAUUUGCGACUGCUCGGCAUCUCACUCAAUUACUACACCUGGGAAGAUUUCUUGGCUGAUUAUAAGAAAAGAUCUUUGAUGUGGAUGUUUAUGGGUUGCGUGGUUUUGUCGUUUGUCUUGGACAAGAAAGUUCUCGACAAGUUGGGUGAAAUGGACGUAGAGGAGAGGAAGAAAGAACCAAAAGCCGCUGACGAGGAAAUAGUCAAAGGUGUCAGUGGAAUGAGCCUCGAAGCUGAGGAAUCGAUGAGAAAUAUGAUGGCAUCGCAGAAGUGGAGCGACAAUAAACUUUUAACAGGUCGGCUUCUCAAACUCAUCGACGAAGUCAAAGCCUUGCAAGAUUCUUAAACGAAAUUUCAUUCAAAUAGCGCAAAUAGUCUAUUGGUAAAAUCAAUUGCUCAUUAUAUACCACAGACCUUAUGUGAGUUAUGUCCACAAGGCUGUUAAGCAUAUUAGGUCUUGAAUAUAGUUUGUUAAUAAAUCAAAUAAUUCAUUAUUUCGUACGUAAUGUUUACAUUCCACAUUUCGAGUCCUUUUGAUAUCGAACAGUUGGCUGAGUUAACUUGUUUGAGAUGGGCAGAACACGCUGAUGGCCAUUUGAAAACUUAAAAUCACAUUUA